AUGGAAAUCAACUUGUCUUCAAAUGCCAGGAUAGAUCAGUCACAGUUAACUGGUACAACAAAACAUCGACAUAACAAACAAGGAUCAAGUGAUAAGAGAUAUUGCGCAUUUGGCGAACAAGAGUUCGACUAAAUCGCCGUCAUCCUUAAUUGAUUUCACUUUACCAUUCAUUUCAUCGACUGUGGGCAGCGAGACGUUCGAAGCAACUGCUGAGGCUGAAUUAUCAUCUACUCGGCCCCCAUCUACUCUUUAUUCAAACGGAGAUACAUCGUGUAACGGCUGUGUCUGCCUGAUAGAAGCCAUUAAGAAGAUGGAAAACAAACUGUCAAAUUUUGAAAAACGUUUGGAUGAACUAGACUCAAAAUUUGCAUCGAACUCAAAUGCAAAUCAGACUGCAGAAGUCACAGUGCGUGAAAACGACAAGAAUGCAAUCAGCAGUGAACAGGUUAUUAUCCAAAAAAUUAGGAAAUCCGAGGCAAGAAUAGUACAGAGUCUCCGCAACCUUGAAUGUCGGCCUGGUGAAGUUGUUCAAGAAGUUUUAAAUCCAUCUGUACAUGAAGAAGCUCAUCAAGUAGAAAACCAAGAUGUUGAAACCUACGAAUCCACAAGUGUUAAUGGUAAUCAUGAGGCCAGCGUUGAAAGUCUCGAGGGAGAGUGGAAUGAAGUAAGGAACCCAUCAAAGCCGAUUCAAGAAAUUGAUACACUUAUUGUGGGCGAUUCAAUCAUCAAAGAUAUCAAACCUAGUUUUAAUUUUGAUGUCAGCUUCAAAUACGAUUAG